AUGGCAGAUUCCAUCCUCAUAGCCAUGGACAGGGGUGGCACCUUUACGGACGUCUGGGCGUCGGUCGAGGGCAAGGAAGACUUAGUCUUCAAGCUCCUUUCCGUAGACCCGGAUCACUACAAGGAUGCUCCAACCGAAGGCGUUCGACGAGUACUAUCACACUACCUCGGGCGAGAGAUCCCCAAGACGGAGCCCUUGCCAAAAGCCCCCAUCCGCGCUAUUCGCAUGGGCACAACUGUUGCGACCAACGCUCUGCUUGAACGAAAAGGGACGCGGCACGCAUUCUUAGUGACAAGGGGCCAUAGGGAUGUCUUGGAAAUUGGCUCGCAACAACGCCCAGACAUCUUCGCCCUUGACAUCCGAAAGGCGUCCGUCUUGUAUGACACCGUCGUCGAGAUCGAUGAGCGGGUCACCUUGGAACAUUACGACGAGGCUCCAGAUCGUCUCAACGGUACCCCGAAAGCCAUCGAAGGCGAAGUUGUUAAAGGCGUAGGUGGUGAACUCAUCCGAGUGCUGGAAAGGCUCGAUGAAGAAUCGACAAGGGCAUCGCUGCAACGCCUCAAGGAUCAAGGCUACACCACAAUUGCCGUGUGCCUUGCCCACUCAUUUCUCUACUCCGACCAUGAGCGGAAAGUAGAAGAGAUUGCCAAGGGUCUCGGUUUCGAACACGUCGCCUUGUCCUCAGCGGUCGGGGCUAACAUGGUCAAGAUGGUGGCCCGAGGCGGAUCGGCUUCUGCGGAUGCAUACCUCACUCCCGAGACGCACAAGUACAUUUCGAGUUUUGCUUCCGGCUUUACAGAUGGAAAUCUCGAGGGCCUUCGGUGCGAGUUUAUGCAAAGUGACGGAGGCCUCGUCAACUACAAGGCCUUUCGAGGCAUGAAGGGUAUUCUUAGCGGACCAGCGGGUGGUCUGGUUGGGUAUGCUAGGACUUCUUAUGACGGCCAAACUCCCCUGGUUGGAUUCGACAUGGGCGGCACAUCUACCGACGUCAGUCGAUUUGGUGGCACAUUUGAUCACAUCUUUGAAAUGACUACAGCUGGAGUUACCAUCCAGAGCCCCCAGUUGGAUAUCAACACUGUUGCAGCUGGCGGCGGGAGUAUCCUCAGUUGGCAGAACGGCCUCUUCAAAGUCGGCCCUGAGAGCGCUGGUGCCCAUCCAGGUCCGGCGUCAUACCGCAAAGGCGGCCCGCUUACUAUUACAGAUGCCAAUCUUCUGCUCGGUCGGCUACUUCCUGAUUAUUUCCCCAGCAUCUUCGGUCCCACAGAGGACCAAGCCCUCGAUAUCCAAGUCGUGAGGGAAAAGUUCACCCAACUGGCUGAGGAAAUCCAAAAGGACACUGGCAGAGCCAUCUCUCCUGAAGACGUGGCAGUGGGGUUCAUCGAAGUGGCGAACGAAUCCAUGUGCAGACCAAUUCGAGCUCUCACUGAAGCCCGAGGCUUCGAAAUAACCUCUCAUAACCUCGCAGUCUUUGGUGGUGCUGGAGGUCAGCACGCCUGUGAGAUUGCAGAGAACCUGGGAAUCUCCAAGGUGAUUAUGCACAAGUAUUCGAGUCUCUUGUCAGCAUACGGGAUGGCUCUUGCUGAGGUUGUGCAAGAGGCUCAGGAGCCCUGCAACGAGUUCUUAACAGCGGAAACCAUAGCCAAGAUUAGCGCUCGCCAUCAACAUCUCCGCGACUACACAACAACCGAGCUGGUAAAACAAGGCAUCGAAAAGACAGCAGUAAAGCACGAGAUGUACCUGAACAUUCGAUACCGCGGCAGUGAUACAACCCUCAUGAUCUUGGAGCCGGCCGAUGGUGACUGGAAGAAAGAGUUCGUUGCUGAACACCUGCGAGAGUUUGCGUUCGUGCUACCAGAAGACCGAGAAAUCAUCGUUGAUGAUAUCCGCGUCAGGGGAAUCGGCAUCAGCUCAGAGAACACGAAAGAUAAUGACGCGCUCGAAAGUGAACUUCGAGAGGACAAUUUUGAGAUCAUCUCUAACGAAAAGAGCUCGGCCGAAACACGGUCCGUCUACUUCAAGAAUGGUGGUAUGCACCAAGCAAGUGUACUCGUCCUUCAGAACCUCGCCCGCGGCAGCAUCGUCACCGGGCCGGCCGUCAUCAUCGACAGCACGCAGACAAUCGUGGUAGCCCCCGGAAGCAAAGCCAGAGUGCUCUCGAACCACAUCGUCAUUGAUGUCAAGUCCCAGACAGUUGGUCGGGUCGAUAAUGCGUCUGCUGUCGACCCCGUGCAACUCUCUCUCUUCGGACAUCGAUUCAUGAGCAUCGCCGAACAGAUGGGUCGGGCGCUGCAGAAGACAUGCGUGUCACUGAACAUCAAAGAGAGACUCGAUUUUGCCUGCGCCAUUUUCGGUCCCAACGGCGAUUUGGUUGCGAAUGCCCCUCACGUGCCUGUCUUCCUUGGGAGCAUGAGCUAUGCCGUCAAGGGCCAGAUCGAUUUGCUUGGUGACCAGAUGCGCCCAGGAGACGUAUACGUAACAAACCAUCCAGUCCAUGGUGGGACCCAUCUUCCCGAUCUCACUGUUGUGACGCCCGUCUUUGACAACGCUGGCAAAAACAUCGUCUUCUUCCUGGCCUCGCGUGGCCAUCACACCGACAUUGGAGGCUCCGAAGGGACGUCUAUGCCUCCGAACUCGACAGAGCUAUGGCAAGAAGGUGUCGCAAUCAAAACCUUCACCAUGAUUCGCAACGGCAAAUUCGACACUGAAGGCAUCGCCAAAAUCUUUGCCGAACCGGGCGAGAGGGUGGGAUGCAACAGCACGCAACGACUAAGCGACAACAUCACGGAUCUCCAGUCAUUUGCUGCAGCGAACAACAAGGGUGCGAAGCUUCUCAACAAGCUGAUUGAUCACUAUGGCCAGACUACGGUGCAUUUCUACAUGGACGCUGUGCAGGCCAACGCCGAGCUUGCUGUGCGGAAGUUCCUCAAGGACGUCCGAGGGAAGAGCCCCGAUGGCAUACUCCAGGCCAUUGGUUAUAUGGACAACAGCUCCCGCAUCCAUCUACAGGUUCGUAUCCGAGAAGACGGGAGUGCUACGUUUGACUUCACCGGCACGACGGUAGAGCUGUACGGUAAUAUGAAUGCCCCCAAAGCACUUACGUAUUCCGGCAUCAUCUUUUGUCUCCGGGCCAUGAUUGGCGUGGACAUUCCCCUGAACCAGGGCUGUCUAUCUCCGAUCGACGUCAUCCUUCCCAAAGGAUGUUUCUUGAACCCGUCUGAUGCAGCAGCCGUCUGUGCUGGAAACACCCACACCUCGCAGCGUGUCUGUGACACGAUUCUCCAAGCAUUCGAGGCAGCAGCAGCAUCACAAGGAUGUAUGAACUGUGUCGGCUUCUUCGGCGGAGAGUCUCUCGACGAGAGCGGCCGCACCAAGGGCUUCGCCUUCUCGUUCGGCGAGACCAUCUGUGGCGGCUCAGGCGCUGGGCCAACCUGGCACGGCGCCCAUGCCGUCCACACGCACAUGACAAAUACGCGCAUCACAGACGUCGAGCUGAUGGAAAAGCGGUAUCCAGUGCUCAUGCGCGAGUUCAGCAUCCGCCGUGGGAGCGGUGGCAAGGGCGCCUUCAACGGCGGGGACGGGUGUCGAAGAGUCUACGAAGCCCUUGCGCCGCUGAGCUUCAGCGUCAUCACCGAGAGGAGAACUACGCGGCCGUACGGGAUGCGGGGCGGUGAAGAAGGGUCGUAUGGGUCGAACACGUGGAACAGGAGACAACCUGAUGGCUCGAUGAGAGGUGUGAAUCUGGGCCAGAAGAAUAUGGUGAGGAUGAGUCCCGGCGAUCAACUCGUCAUGGUCACGCCGUCUGGUGGUGGCUACGGUACGCCUGCGAAGGAGUCGCAGAAUGGAGUGAACGGGGAACACACGAACGGGGAAGUGAAGAAGGCAUUCUUGCCAAGAGCCACAGGAAGUUUGGCGAUUUGGGAAGCAGGCCAAGCCGACUUUUAG